CAAAAUCUACUAAACAACAAGCCUAUUUACAAAAUUAUAAAAAAGGCUCCAAGAAAAGUGACAGCACCAGAAAAAAUGACAGUAUUAGGAAAAGUGACGAUGCAGAAAAAGAAAUUAAAAUCAAUAUAUCAGAAAAA